CAUUCACACCCUGACCUUAGGUAUCACAGCCUGAUAGAGAAGGGCUUUCCAAAUAUUAACAAAGAAGACUUGUUAUUUAGAGAAAUAUCAAUCACCUGCGAAGAUGUUUUGCGGACUUUGCAGACGACAGAAGACUAAAUGUGGAGAGGAUGAGGAAGUUGGAGACGAGCAGUUCUCCAGCCCACAGAAGAAAGUCAUUGUUCAGGAGGACACCACCGUCUCAGCUCCCCCUGAGGCUCCGAAGGAAAAAGCCAAGAAGGCUUCCUGGUGGCGAAGGUUGUUCCGUCGUAAGAAGAAAACCAAACAGCAGACUGCUGUGAAAGAAGAUGUGUCAGAAGCCACAAACCUGCCAUCUUCUGCCACAGAAAAGAUUGACAACACCACCGAGGAACCCGUAGGAGAAGCUGCUGAUGUCCAGGAAGAUUCACCGAACCCUGACACUCCGGUCCCAGCUGCAGCUGAGGAUGAAGAAAACAAACAGCUGCCAUCUUCAGCCCCAGCUAGGAAUAUCAACACCCCCAAGGAGUCUGAGGGAGAAGCUUGUGUGGAAGCUUCGGCCAUCCCUGACACUCUGGUCCCAGCUGCAGCUGAGGAUGAGAAGAAGGUUCAAGAUUUGGCAGAGAUCCCUGAACUGCCCUCUUCUGCCACAGAAAAGAGUAUCAAAACCACCAAGGAACCUGAGGAUGGGGAAGCUGGCCGGGAGGCUUCACCCACCCGUGACACUGUUAGAACGACGACUAAAAAUGGAAAGAAGAAAAUGAAGGCACCUCAUUGUCUUAUAUUUCGCCAAAAGAAACAGAAGGUCAAGUGUCCCACUGAUAGUCUUGGAAUGCCGGCCACCCCAAGAGGUCAUGGUGGGAGACUAAAGGCCGAACCCAUGACCGACAAUCUGUGGACGAAUUUAGACAGAAAACUCCGAAAAUACACCAAAGGGAAGCUCCCCAAAGAUGAGCUUGUUGCCCUAGGAUUCCCCAACCUGGCACAGACGUGCUACAUGAACUCCACUCUGCAAGGCCUCCUGACGAUAAGUGAUUUCAUUCAGGGGGUCUACAACCAGGAGAGUGUGUGGAGUUCUCUCCCCAAGUCGGAGCUCCUUGGUGGGUUUGUAAAAGUCGGGCUCUCCAGGUUCACUGCCAGCAAGGCAGUGAAAAAACAGGCACUGGCUGCCUUUAAAAGGACUGUCGCUGAGUUCAACUCAGAGUUUGAGGACGACAGACAGAAAGACGCCCAUGAGUUCCUCACCUGUGUGCUAAAUCAGCUCCGGUGUGUGUCCGCCGACCUGCAGGCAGAAGCAUUUAACAGGGGCUUCAGUUACACCUGCCCUGUUGAUGCUAACAUCACCUUCCAGAUGUUGAGCACCAGGACCUGCAAUGGAUGUGGAAUGCAGUCUACAAGGGAGGAGGACUACAUUAACCUGUCACUGGACCUGGUGCCUGGAGGCACAGUGCGCCAGUGUAUGCAGGACUACUUCAAAGAGAACCAGCUGGAGUAUUGGUGCGAAUGUGGUGCUGAGACGUCAUCGCAGCAGGGGUCAUUCUCGACGCUGCCAAAUGCACUGAUCAUCCAGCUGAAGAGAUUUAAUUACACCAAAUCCCUAAAGCUGGAGAAGAUCAACAGCCCCGUCAUUUUAUCAAGGCAGCUAGUACUGAAUGCUGAGUCCAGCGCCAGUGAACAGACACCGUCUUGCUACUCCCUAAAGAGCAUUGUCAGCCAUUUGGGUUCCUCAGCUUACGCUGGCCAUUACAUCUGCGACGGAGCCCACAGGGACGAGAAACCACCGGACAUGUCUGACAACUGGCUAACGUACAAUGACAAGGACGUCAGUGAGACAACCGGCACGUACAUCUGUCACCAGCGGCAGCGAACAGCAUACCUGCUGUUCUACGUGAAACAUCAGUAGAAGAGGAGAGGAGGAGAGGACAGGAGAAGAGGAGAGGACAUUAUUUACAUAUUGUAGAUGAAUGUCUAUAUAUAU